AUCAUUUGGUACAGUUUGUUCAGCGUAUGAUACCAAAACAAGACAGAAGGUGGCAGUAAAAAAGCUUUCAAGACCUUUUCAAUCGCUUAUUCAUGCAAGGAGGACCUACCGAGAGCUUAGGUUGCUUAAGCACAUGAAGCAUGAGAACGUUAUAGGAUUGCUAGACGUUUUUACACCUGCAACGUCAAUAGAAAAUUUUAAUGAAGUGUAUCUUGUGACAAAUUUGAUGGGUGCUGACCUGAAUAACAUUGUGAAGUGCCAGAAGUUAACUGAUGACCAUAUACAGUUUCUCAUCUAUCAGUUACUUCGAGGUCUUAAGUAUAUUCACUCAGCUGGAAUCAUCCACCGGGACCUGAAGCCCAGUAACCUAGCUGUAAAUGAAGACUGUGAAUUGAGGAUUUUAGACUUUGGUUUAGCUCGACAAACUGAUGAUGAAAUGACUGGAUAUGUUGCAACAAGGUGGUACAGGGCUCCAGAAAUUAUGUUAAACUGGAUGCACUACAAUCAAACAGUUGACAUCUGGUCGGUUGGAUGCAUCAUGGCAGAGCUGUUGAAAGGGAAGGCCCUAUUUCCAGGAAAUGAUUAUAUUGAUCAGCUAAAAAGAAUAAUGGAAGUUGUGGGCACACCCAGCUCUGAACUUCUGAAGAAAAUAUCAUCAGAACAUGCAAGAAAAUACAUUGAAUCUCUUCCACAUAUGCCUCAACAGGAUUUGAAAGCAGUAUUUCGUGGUGCCAAUCCAUUAGUAGAUCUUCUUGAGAAGAUGCUUAUUUUAGACAGCGAUAAAAGAAUUACUGCCUCAGAAGCACUUGCACAUCCAUACUUUGUACAGUAUCAUGAUCCAGAUGAUGAACCUGAGGCCGAGCUCUAUGAUGAGUCAAUAGAGAAUAAGGAGCGAACCAUAGAUGAAUGGAAAGAACUUACCUAUGAAGAAGUGCUUAGCUUUAAACCCCCCGAGUUAAAAAUGGAUAGCCUGGAGAUAGAACAGUGAAUACAGGCAGCUCCGUCUCGCCUCGCUGCACUACGAAGACUGUUAAAAUAGCACCAUACAAUUUAACCUGUGGUCAGACAUAGAUUUUACUAUCCCAAAGAUGCUGGAGAAGAUGUGGAAAAGAAGAUACAUUAUACAGAAGCCAGAUGUUGUCUGUUUUGGGUGGGGUUUUUUUUGGCCUUGUAAUAUGAAUGUAUUCCCAACUCUCAAAGGUUAAUGAAGAACUGCUUCAUUCGGACAAAAUUAUGCACUGAGUUCUGUUGAGCUGUGUGUUCUGCAUGUUUCAUUUUAUCAGUUGUAUUGCCAAAAUAAAGGUGACUUUUAAAGUUAAUUUUAAAAUUGUACAUUUAAAGCAUGAAUGUAUACAAAGAUAAACAUAGAAGUCCAUACGAGAAAUAUUUUUUUU